AUGACUUUUCUCUUUAACAUCACCGAGUCCCAGCUUCCUGUGGAGUGGGUGGGUGCAGUGGACAUUGGGGUCUUAGCGCAAAGCAAGAGACGAAUGAAACUGAUCCGUCACCUCCAUCAGACUCUGCAUCAUGAACUUGGCUCAGCUCAGUUCCACUUAAGCUUCUACCAGAUCCGCACAGCUCUCCGUGUCUCACCUAAGCUACCCGUCAAGGUGGAGGUGAAUUUGCCUCGUAAUCAACGAUCAGAGUUAGCAUUUCCAGCGUGUGUGGUGAAUGGAACAGGUGUGAGCAAGACUUUUCAAAUUCUAUACCGCAACGAGGAAGUGCUCCUAGAUGAUGUCAUCAUGUUUCGAGCGCACAUUCUAGUUGAUAGCCAUAAGAUUGAGGAUACUCUCGAACGAGCAGACUUCACACUAAUGGUAGAACUGUGGUUUACGGAUCAAACGUUUGGUCCAGACCAGCAUAGCACCAUUUCCUGCGUCUCGAGUCGAACACUGCAGCUACACUUCUCUCCCACCAGAGGUCUUCACUAUCACCUGCCCGUCCUAUUUGACUACUUCCACUUGGCUGCCAUAACAAUGACCAUCCAUGCUAGCCUUGUCGCCUUGCAUCAGCCCUACAUCAAGAAAAGCAUUCUGCACUAUGUGCAGAGUUGUACACCACGUAGUGCCAAGCCUUGGCUUGGAGCAUCACAAAGGCUCAAUUUUCGCCAACCACAAUCCACCAUGGAGACUGUGUUCUUUGGAAACCUGAACAGCACAAAGUGUGUAAGUUCUGGAACUCGUCUGGCACAUGCACGUCACGUUCAUCAGGAGGUGUGCAGUAUCUUGCUGGCAUCUUAUGAGACACUACAGGCACGAUUGCAGGAGUACAUGAAACUCCUGCCUUCCUGGCAACAGUUGAAGCUUGAAACUACUGACUGCUUCCAGAGGUUUAGCAACCUCAGCGACUUGGCAAAAGAGUGUCACCGGAACCUCCUGGCGACAGUCAAUCAUCGCUCUUCCAGCAACCAUACAGAGGCUAACUGGGACAGACUGAGGUUGGUGGAAGUUGAAGAAGAGUUUGUGACGAUGGCAAAUAGUGACAUUGCACAGCUGUGUGCAGAAAAUAUUUUGCUGUGGCAGCAGUUCCUGGAGGCAUUCUCCUGCAAAGAUCCUGUUCACCAACAUCUUGCUCGCCAUCACCACCAUCUCAGGGUGAAGCGGUUUGCUGAAGCAUUUUUUGUGCUUGACAACCCCCGUCAGUCCGCAGCAGGGUGUUAUGAUGCCAACUAUCAGAACUACCUUACUGUGUCUGAUAUGGUACGCCGGUCUCGGUACCUCGCAACUCUACCUCCACUUCCUGUUCAGUGCAGUGAGCUAGAUGGUGACAUCACAACAUUGCCCAUCAUCUUUGAGGACCAGUAUCAAGACAUGGCAGAAUUUGCGCGUAGACGCAGUGUUGCAGGUCGCAAAGCAGGCAGUGAUCCUUUCUUGAGCAGUUCAGCAGAUACCAAAACAGAAAGCCACACAACACUGCCUCCUCAGGAAGACUGCAGUUGUGGUAUUGCUGCCAUCUUGGAGUCACGCUCUCAUAAGAUCCCAGCAUCGGUGCGAUCCAGUUCUAGCACCGCUGCACCUUCAUCCUCACAGCCCAUGCCAAAACCAGGCUCUGGACGACAAGCCAUCAUACCCUUGUCUCUAGGCACUCUUGGUGUGAAUGAGCAGCGGGUCCUUCAUGUAGGGGACGUGCUGAAAGCAACACUGACAUUGGCGCCUCACACUGGUCGUCGUUCACGCCAUCAUCACUAUUGUGAUGCUCCAGCAUCUGCCACAGCAACAUUACUGCUUCAUGGAAGUAAAAGAAUGGACAGUGAUAGUCUGACCAAGUCUUCACUUCCUGCACGACACAGCAAAUCUCUGGACCAGUUACGUACUACUGGCACUGCUGCUUCAGAGCCUGCCCCCAUCCCAAGACCACUCUUGCCCUCAUGUCAUUUGCAGCCACAACCUGUGACCCCCACAGCAUCAUCAUCUGCCCCUAACCCCUCCCUUGGAAUCCCACAUAUGUCAAGCAUGGCACGUUCCUCUUCCACACAGAUCCGCCGUGAAAAGAGUGUUGACUGUUUGAAGCCCUGUAUUAGUGUGACUAGCACAGUAGUUUCAUCAGCCACUCUACCUUUGCCUCACCAUACACCCCUCAUUCCCAUUCCAAUACGCAACAAUCUCAAGGAGAAGUUGAAAAACAACUUACGAUUAGAGCUUAAAGUAGCCAACGGUAAUGGUGGUGCUGCUACUUCUCCAUCUACUGACUCAGGAGACUCUGUGGUGGUUGGAUACCGUCGACUGGAGCAGAGUGCUAGCGUACCAUUCAACCUGAGCGAGGCUGUCAAUGGAGGAGUGUCUCCCAAUACAAUGAAACAUUCACAAAGUACCAUGUCCAUGCCGAGUGUGGCAGUGCUUCAGCGUGAAUGCCAUGCUGGCGAGUCUUCCGAAGCUCUUCUUGGUGGUUCACGGUCUAUAGGUGCCAACAGUAGUGAAUCUAUGCCAAACCUUGUGGCACCACUUGCUUCUCCUCCUCCAGCCAUUAUUGUUCCACCUCCCGUAACAAAGUCCCAGCUAGAUGAACCUCCAUUAGAUUCCAUAAUUUCCAUAGGUGGUCCACUCCCACCCCCUGGGGAGCUGAGCAAACUGGAAGUAGGUCUUUACAGUUCAGUUGAUCCUGCCCUGAUUUCUGUAGAAUCAAGCCUUGCAGAGCCCCUCACUGUAGCCACUACUGUCACAGUUAAAUCGAAGUCUCAGUCACCUGGUAAAUCACUUUCCUCUCCUCCAUCUUCGUCCCUCUCAGAUAUUACUUCAGAACAGAGUGGUUGGGUCUCCAACUCCAGCCGACGCACCUCAGGUGACAUGUCUAGUGGUCAGCUCAGUCCAGAUGGCAGUGACUUUGGCAUCAAGAUGCACAUGGACAGGCAUCCAGCAUCUACCACUUCAAAGCAGCAGCAACGAAUAUUGAACGGUGAACAGCUGCGAGCAAGGCUGCAGAAACUAGUGGAACCCUCCCCCAUCAUUCCAGAACCCGAAGUGAUAGACCACCCAUAUGAAGAAUUGCGGUUACCCCCACCCAAGCAGUUUCGUGAUGACCCUCUGCCUCCAGAGCCCUUCAGGGAUCCACCUGUCCCCCCACCAAGACCUACAAUUCCUCUGGUGGCACCCAAGCCAAAGCCAAAGGUUUUACCUCCCACCCCAAUAGACAAUCUGUUGUACCAUGUGUAUGAAAGUGUGAAAGAAGUGGAGAGGAAGCCAGUAAUUGAACCCUGUCCUCGAACUGCCCGUGAACGUGAACAUGAUCGUGACCGAGAUAGAGACAGAAAUUGGGACAAAGACAAGCCUUCAAAAGAUAAAGACACUCAGUCUCAGACUGGUGGUUCGUCCUUGCAAAAACUGGACAGCAGUGAGCAUGUCAAGAAAACACCAUCACCAAAGGUUAUAGAGAGCCAGCAAUGUGUCUGCCCCACUAGUGCGUCUCCUCCCAUAUCAUCCACAGCAACAACUGUGACACCAGCAACCUCAGAGAGGGAGUUGCCAUGUGACUGCUACAAUAGCAAAGAUGGACAGGAGCAAGUGUGCCAGAAACUAGUUCAAGCUGUUGGUGAUGACACACUCAGCUUCAUCAAAUCCAAAGAGGAAUUUAAACGUCAGAUGAAUUUUACAGGAAUGAUAUACAGUGACUUCCCUACAUUGGCAUCAACACUGCCAUACUUCCACAUCAGCGAUGAGUACCGCAUAUUCUCGCCUGAGGGUUUGCACCUCAUUGUGUGUGUUCAUGGCCUAGACGGCAACUCUGCAGACUUGCGCCUGGUGAAAACAUACCUGGAAUUAGGGCUUCCUGGUGCCAACUUGGAGUUUCUCAUGUCAGAGAGGAACCAGGGCGAUACAUUCUCAGACUUCGAUACCAUGACAGACAAGUUGGUAGCAGAGAUCCUGUACCAUGUGGAGGCAUGUGGGCUCAACCCGUCCAAGAUUAGUUUUAUUGGUCACUCACUGGGCAACAUUAUCAUCCGCUCAGCCAUCACGAGGCCACAAAUGAAACACCUGCUUCCACGCCUACACACCUUCCUCUCUCUGUCUGGACCACAUCUUGGCACUCUGUACAACAACAGUGGCCUUGUGAACAUGGGGAUGUGGUUCAUGCAGAAGUGGAAAAAAUCAGGGUCUCUUCUGCAGCUUGCAUUGCGUGAUGCUACAGAUGUGCGCCAAACAUUCCUGUAUCGUUUGAGCCAGCGUUCUAAUCUUCACCACUUCCGCAAUCUGUUGCUCUGCGGAUCAUCUCAGGAUCGUUACGUUCCCCUUCACUCAGCCCGAAUUGAAUUAUGUAAGGCUGCAGUUAAGGAUACAUCUGUACAAGGUGCAGCAUAUCGUGAAAUGGUUCACAACAUCCUGUAUCCUAUCAUCAACAAACCAGAAGUAACAUUUGUGCGCUAUGAUGUGCACCAUGCACUCCCCAACACAGCCAACUCACUCAUUGGGCGGGCAGCACACAUUGCUGUCUUGGAUUCUGAACUGUUCAUUGAGAAGUUCCUUGUUGUUACUGGUCUCAAAUACUUCAGAUGAGGUCACCACUCAGCGUUACCUGGCCUCUGAGCAACACUGGUCAAUCAAACUGUCCGCUGUUAGUGUAAAUUGAUGACUGUCCUCUAUAUAUAAAUCAUAGUCAGUACAGAAGGAGCGAGGGGAAAUAGCAACUAACUGUGAACUGAAGUGCACCAUGGGUGCAGGAUGUGACUGCUCAGACUUUUAUAUCUGUGAAGUAUGAAUCCGUGUCAGGAGAAGUGGAUUAUAACAGAUGACAUUUGUAAAAAUGAAGAGUUACUAAGUGAAAUAUUUAUAACUUGGGGAAUGAUUAAUUAUAUCUGAGGUAAGAAUACACGGAAAAUUAAGUUACUUUCAUUGAUUUUAUAAACCUAAAUUGUUGUAUUUUGGACUGCGCUCGUGUACCCAUGUAAUGAAAUUUCUUGAGCCAAAAGGCCUAAUUUCACUAUCAGUAUUAAAUUGAGCUGCAGUGUUUCAUUACUGCUACAAAACAUAAAUAAAGUAUAUAGGUACAUAUAUAUAUUUUUAAUUUUAAUGUAUUGUCAUUAAUGUCAGUCUUCUAGCAGCUCAAGUGUCAUGGAAGUACACAUGUAAUAUUUUAAUACACUGGAAAGGAACAUCACGUGAGAGGAGCUCAAUACAAAUAAUGUAAUGGAACAGAUUUGUUUUAGUGCUGUGAUAGAAGGAUGUACUUUUUACUGUUUAUCAUGAAUGAUAGUGAUACUGGUCAUCUUACCAUGUGGCUUUUUUUUAUUGUUGUUUUGCAACAUCUUGUGAUAGUGGAGAUGACUGGUUGUUCAUAUUCAUAUCUGCUGUUAUCCCUUAUCAAUUCUUCACAGUGUCCUUGAAUAAGAAAUGUUACUUCUUUCAGGGCUUUUCUUUCUGGCAGUAUAACAGUAUGUUGUGUGCCAUACUGGUACAUUUUUCUUAAAAAAUAAAAAUUGUAUUAAAUUUGGUCAUAGGUAUGUUAAUUUUUAAGAAAUUGAUUUUUGUUGUUCACUUUCCUAACAAUAAUAUUAUUUUGUUUCCAGUAACAUUACAUUUUUAUAACAAAAUUAAAGACAGUACAGUAGAGUCCCGAUUAUCCAACCUCAAGUCGUCGGACAUUCUGUUUUAUCUGGCGUUCCGUGUUGGAAUUUCCUUUUUAUCAAGUCGCACAUCAUGUAGCAGAAUGAAUAACAUUCCCCCACCAUGCACCUUCUACAUUUUAAGUCCUCGGUUGCUACAGUUGUGCUACUGUUCAGGCACUGGCAGACCUUGCUGCAAAGAAAAGGAAGGAGGCUCAUUACCAAUUUCUUUAAAAAAAAUAAACUCUUUUAUUUACAUUGUGUUAAAUACUGUUUUUGUUUUGAUAUUUCUUCAUCAGAUGACAUUUUAUUUUCUUCAUAAUUUUAUUGUAUAAUAAAUUAGUUGUAAAUUGUGUUAAUAUUGUGUUAGUCUUCUGUGUUAUCGUAUCGACCAUUGGUUUUGUUUAGGUCAGAUGAUCGGGACUCUACUGUAAUUAAUUUCCAGAAAUAGGAUGCCAUUACUCUAGUUUCAAAGAUAGGUGAGCAUUAUUAUCAAUUAUUACCAUUGCCAUAAUAUGUCAGUUAUUUUGUAGUUUUUAAAUUAUUUUAUCAAAAAUUCACCUUAAAAAACUAGUGUAUUCUUUUCUGAAAAAAGCAAACAACAAAAGUUAGUAUAUUGAAGAAUUAAUGCAUUUCUUGGAUAAAAAGUUGUAAGGGAUUGUUAUGUCUGUCUUUGUGUUGCAUGAAAGAAGUGUCAGUACAAUGUACAUCUGUAUUCCACCUCGAAAUUGUCUCCCCUCUACUUUGUCACCUGGCACUUUUUUUGUAAAGAAAAAAUUGUGCUCUUUGGCUGGCUUUUUGUAUUUUGUAAGAAAAGAUAAGUAUGUGUUAUCUGUCACCCUUAACAACUUUGAACCAAUUGGCAGAUGUUAAUAGAACUUACAAAUUAGUGUGACUGUCACGUUACUAGAUGCCACUUAAAUUUUGUACUUUUUAUUACUAAUAUCUUAUUCUCAGUAAUAUCAGUGGCCAUGCAUACUUGAUACGUGGAACAUGGAAAUGACUAGUGCCGUCAAAUUAAGGUCCUGAAAUUCUGUGUGGCAAUAAAUCCUCAAAAAAUGUCACUUUUGCUGAGGUAAUUCUUUUCUAGAAUGUUAAACAAUCGACAGCCUCUUUGAAUCCAUACUUACUCUUCUGUUUGAUGGCAUGUGAAGUUUUAUAAUCAAAUAGACUAUGUAUAUAUCUU